AUGCCGGACAUCUAUUCGCUUCAUCACAAUAUUGAUCUCUGGGGACCAGAAGAUGUUAACCUUUUUAUUCCCGAACGUCAUGCCAUACAACGUCAUCCUGCGGCCUUCCUAUCAUUUGGUGUUGGGCCUCGAAAUUGUGUUGGAAUGAGAUUUGCUGUGAUGGCAUUGAAAAUGUCUUUGGCAGGUUUAUUACAUACAUAUAAUAUUCUACCUGGUGAAAAGAUCCGUCAAGGAAUGGUUCUACGAGAAACGAAUGUUAUCGCACCUGAAGCCAUCAAUGUGCGACUUGAAAAACGAUUACAAUAA